CUACCGACCGGUGGUGUUGCCAUCGGUCGCUAUACAAACGCAGUACAUCAUAGCGAUGGUUUGUUCUCCGAAGUCUACAAAGCUGUAGCCCUACCCAACUGUGGUAUCACUAUGAAAACGCGCAACUACGAGACACUUCCAUGUUUGGUGGCCCUCAAGGUCACAAACCCGUCUGCCACAGAACCACCUCAUGAUUCUGUUCGUGAAGUGCGACUACUGGAGCGAGCUCGUCACCAAUUUGUCAUAGAGCUCGCCGAAAGUUUCCAGCAGCCCGGCGGUCAACUCGUGUUGGCAUUCCCAUUCAUGCCAUAUACUCUUGACAAUCACCUCAGAACGGGUAGACUACAACUCCGAGACCAAAAGAUCAUCCUCUCACAGUUGAUGCAAGGCCUUGAGUAUAUACACAGUUGUGGGAUCAUACAUCGCGACAUCAAACCAUCCAACAUCCUGCUCGGGAGUCCAUCUGGCCCGGUCUACAUAUCUGACUUUGGCAUUGCAUGGUCCGCUGACGAUCCCUCAUCUGAGCCCGCAGAGGAGAAGAUCAUGGAUGUGGGCACAACGAGCUAUCGUCCUCCAGAACUCAUGUUUGGUAACCAGCGGUACGAUACGAGUCUGGAUAUGUGGGCAACAGGUUGUGUGGCUGCUCAGGUCGUAAGCCUGGGUUCCCAGACCUUGUUCGAUUCAGGUGAUCUUGGGAGCGACCUCGCAUUGAUCAAGAGCAUCUUCUCGACGCUUGGUACCCCAAAUCUUGAUAUCUGGCCUGAAGCUAGAAGUCUGCCAGACUGGGGUAAGAUGGCCUUUGUACAAUACCCUCCAAGAGUAUGGACAGAUGUCUUGCCCAAUGCUACACCAGACGCAAUCGAGCUGGUCGAAGGACUGAUCUCUUACGAAAGUGGUGACAGAAUGCGAGCUGAAGAGGCAAGUCUUUCAUAUGUGGUUAGCAAUUCCUACUAA